AGUCUCCGAAGGGAGGACUUUGCAUCCCGCCCCGUGUUUGCAGGAGGGGGAAGCCGCAUUGAGAUCCUUUCCAGGCGGGAUGUUCUUCUAUGCAGCCAAGUGAAUGAGAGUGUCUUUCCGGAGUCAGAGGCAACCCAAGAGAAAGGGGAAGGAGAUGGAAGAGAAGGACCCCGAAGGGCUUGGAAUUGGGAAAAUAUCAAGGAAAGGUCUCCAUCCCCUCCAAGCAGGGAGUGGUGCUGAAUUUUGGGGGAGAGAGAUCAUGGUUCAGGACCCUGUGACCACAGAUGAACGCAGCCGAUGCUUCCGGCAGUUCAGUUACCAGGAGGCCGAUGGGCCCCGAGAGGUUUGCAGCCGGCUCCAUGGACUUUGUAAGGACUGGCUGGAGCCAGAGAGGCGCACCAAGAAGGAGAUGGUGGACCUGGUGAUCCUGGAGCAGUUCCUGGCCAUCCUGCCGCAGGAAGUGCAGGGCUGGGUGAGAGGAUGCGGGCCAGAGAGCAGUUCCCAGGCAGUGGCCCUGGCCGAAGGUUUCCUCCUGAGUCAGGCAGAGGAGAAGAGGCAGGCACAGCAGAUGUGGGGGGGACCCGUGAAGGUGGAAAGAAGCUUCCCUGAGGCGGAAGGAGCUCCAUCAGAGGAAGGUCAGAGGGCGCAGACCCAGGAGCGUGCCCAAGAUGCCCCAUCAAGUGGCAGCGAAGAGACGUUAUCGAGCCCUUUUCUUUGCAGAGAAGUGGAAACGCCUCCUCAGCCUCUGGUCCAGUCUCCAUUUUCCUUUGAGGACGUGGCCGUGAAUUUCUCCAUGGCGGAGUGGGGCCUGCUGGAUCUGGACCAAAAAGCCCUCUACAGAGAAGUCAUGCGGGAGAACUAUGGGAGCGUGGCUUUUCUGGAGGAGACUUCUGGGGAAUUCCAGGGGUUCUCUUUGGGAAUAGUCAAGAAUGAAGGUGCUGAAGAAAACUCUGGAGAUGGACCACAGAGGCAGGAGGAAAGCCACGCAGAUCAAACCCAAUACAAUAUACAUUUUUCAAAGCACAGAAUAAUGAAGGCAUGUAUAUGCUUUCAGUGUGGAAAGUAUGUCCGAUACAAAUCACAACUCCUUGUGCACCAAAGGAUCCACAGAGCAGAAAAACAUUUUGAACAUGCAAUGUACGGGAAGAAAUUAAGUCAAAUUCUUCAACAGCAUCAGAGAAUAUACAUGGGGGAGAAGCCUUUCGAAUGCUCAGAGUGCGGUAAGAGAUUCAGUCGGAGUGGCCAUCUUCAAAGUCAUUUAAGAACCCACACGGGGGAGAAGCCUUUUCAGUGCUCAGAGUGCGGGAAGAGAUUUAGUCAGAGUGGCCAUCUUCAAAGUCAUCUAAGAACCCACACGGGGGAGAAGCCUUUUGAAUGCUCAGAGUGUGGGAAGAGAUUCAGUCACAGUGGCAGCCUUCAAUUUCAUCAAAGAACCCACACAAGAGAGAACCCUUUCGAAUGCUCAGAGUGCGGGAAGAGUUUCAGUCAGAGUAGCAAUCUUCAAUAUCAUCUAAGAACCCACACAGGGGAGAAGCCAUUUGAAUGCUCAGAGUGUGGGAAGAAGUUCAGUUAUACUAGCAAACUUCAAAGUCAUCUAAGAACCCACACGGGGGAGAAGCCAUUUGAAUGCUCAGACUGUGGGAAGAGAUUCAGUCAAAGUAGCAAUCUUCAAAGUCAUCUAAAAAUCCACACCGGGGAGAAGCCUUUUGAAUGCUCAGAGUGUGAGAAGAAAUUCAGUGAAAGAAGCACUCUUCGAAACCAUCAGAGAACCCACAUAGGGGAGAAGCCUUUUGAAUGCUCAAAGUGUGGGAAGAGAUUCAGUUUUAGUAGUAAUCUUCGAUGUCAUCUAAGAACCCACACAGGGGAGAAGCCUUUUGAAUGCUCAGACUGUGGGAAGAGAUUCAGCCGCAGUGACCAUCAUCAAAGUCAUUGUAGAACCCACACUGGGGAGAAGCCUUUUGAAUGCUUACAGUGUGGGAAGAGAUUCAGUCAUAGUAGCAAUCUUCAAAGUCAUCUAAGAACCCACACGGGGGAGAAGCCUUUUGAAUGCUCAGACUGUGGGAAGAAAUUCAGUCAGAGUAGCAAUCUUCAAAGUCAUCUAAGAACCCACAAGGGGAAGAAGCCUUUUAAAGGCUCAUAG